AUUCUUUUUGACUUGUUCUUUGGCACACAGCUCAAACGCGCAGCGCGUUCGCAGCCCGUUGCGGCGGAUCGAAAUGCAGUCACGUCAAUAACCAUGGCCAGCCACACUACGGAUAACAUCACCACAACCAAUACCGCCGGCAUCGCCAUAGCAGGAUAACUAAUUUUCAAUUCGAGGGACUUUACACAAAUAUACACGGUAGAUCGAGAGAGAGAGAGAGAACGACAACGCAAACAUGUCCUCCAAACGGCACUCCAUGCUCCCCCCGGUAUCCUCGGGCCCCAAACCACCCGUGCAGUUCUCCUCGUCCAUCGUGAUCGCCGACUCGGCCGUGCUGACGGGCACGCACCCGAUCACGAUCCACAGCGAGAGCGUGGUGCACCCGCGCGCCCGGCUCGACUCGCUCGCGGGGCGCGUCACGAUCGGGCGGCGCUGCGUCGUGCACGAGCGGGCGACGGUGGGCGCCGUGGGCGCGUCCGGCCGCGUCACCGAGGCGGCCGUCACGCUGGCCGACUACGUCACCGUCGAGGUCGGCGCGGCCGUGGAGGCGGGCGACACCUUCAUCGGCGAGGGCACCGUCGUUGGCGUCGGGGCCAAGGUCGGGGCGGGGGCUGUGAUUGGAAAGCACUGCACCCUGACUCCGCAUACCGAGAUUGCCGCCGGGGAGGUGGUGCCCGACUUUACCGUGGUGUACUCCAACGGGAUGCGGAGGACGGACAAGCGCGGGGUGGCCGAGCUGAAGAACAAGGGGCUCGCGCGCCAGAUUGAUGUGCUGAGGAGGAUAAUACCCAGUAAUCCGGCCAAGUUUGCUUGAUGUACAUGUUUUUCACCUGUUGCUUUUCCUCUGAUUUUUUUUUUUUCAUUCACUUUAGAAGGAGAUACCCCCAGCCAGCCCCAAUGCGAAAUCAUAUGCUCAUUUUGCCUCGUUUUUUU